AUGCUUACGACAUACAAUAUAAUUUGGAAAAAGGAAGAAGAAAAUGACAACUUAAAUAUAGAAAAACGAAAUAGGCUUUUUCAUGAACAUAUAAAAGAACAGAAGAAAGAUAUUGUAUCACCAUCUGAAUUUGAUCUGUUAGUAAAUGAUAUAGAGGAUUUAUUAGAAGAACAACAAAUUAACGAGACAGAAAAAUUAUAUAAAGAAUCUAAAUCUCCAAAUGAAAAAUUUAAUAAAAAAUACAAAUUAAGUAUUACAGAUUUGUCAGCUCAAUUAUGGUGUGAACAACAACUAGAAUUAGUGUUGACAACAGGAAAAAGAAGAGAAACAGAAGCUAUGCGUUUAGGUAUUGAGAGACAUGAAAUAUUAGAAAAAGCUGAUCACUUAAUUGUAAAUGUAGAAGUAAAUACAAGAGAAGAAUCUUUAGGUUAUCGUUUAUUAAAUAGUAUAACAUUAUUAGGACAAUUAUUUCAAACUAAAAAAGCUAGAGAAGUUUGGGUUUUUGGUAUUAUAAGAAAUUAUGUUUUAAGAGGUAUUAUUGAUGAAUUGAGAAUUGAAUAUGAUAAUGUUACUAAAAAAGAAUAUCUUAUUAUAUCUGAUACAAAAACAAGAAAAGAAAAAAAAGAACCUUCUCUAGCACAAAAAAGAACUUCAGCAAUACAAGUUCAAACAUAUUGUUUUAUAUUACAACAAUUAAAAAAUGGAAAAGCUGAUUUUAAAAAACUUUUUGAAAUUUAUGAAUGUGAUCCAUUAUUUGAAUUUACUGCUGUUGAUCUUGUCAAAUAUAAAAAUUUAGAAAACUUAUCUAUCGAAUUAAAUAAAUUAUUUAUGAAAUUACCAAAAAUUAAAGAAGAAAUGGAAAUUGUAUAUGAACAUGAAGGAAAAGAAUUUUCUAGAAAUUUAAUUCCAUACUUUUAUCAUUCUACUUUAUAUACUAUAAAUAUAUUACUCGAUUAUUGGGAUGGAAAAAGAUCAAGUGAUGUUGUAGAAAACUCCGAUAAAUGGAAAUGCAAAUUUUGUGAUUUUGUAAAAAAUUGUGUCAGAUGUCCCCUAGAUUACUAA